GGCGUCACAGUCAGCGUCGGGAUAACGGGAUCUGCGCUCCUGCAACCGGGCGAUGCUCGAACCGGGAACCCAAACAAACCGCAGUCUCCGAUUCAGCGUGGAGCUGUGCGUGAACGGAUAAACAAAUGAGCCGGUCAGAUUAACGGACCGAGCGACCGACCGCGCGCCGAUGACGUCAGAGGAGCGUCCGAGCCCGCAUUGUCCGCGGAUUAUUAUCAGUCACGCCGGUAUUUAACGCUCCUCGCGGGUUACUUUCACAUCCUUGACUGACGAUGAGAUGCUGUUUAUCGACAGACGCGCUGUGUUCUGUGUGAGAGUCUGUAAUCCUCAGAAUCAGUGUGUUCCUCUGACAGGAUCAUGUGUUUUCUGGACUGAAGACCAGCAUCAGCGGUGUUUUCCCGCAUCUGAGUUCCUCCUGCGGAUCAGUGUGUGUGUUUCAGACAUCCUGAUCUGCCCCGAUCACUAGCAGACGUGAGAUGGACGUUACAUUAAUGCUACAUUAACGUUAUAAAGACGUUUUUAGCGUUCCGCAAGUUUCAGACAUCCACAUUAAGGACGUGCUCUAUUGUGUCUGUGUGUGAAUGUUCUCCAAGCAGUGGUGACGUUAAAAAAACGUUACAUUAAUGUUUCAGAACAACCUUCUGUGAAUGAUAGCCUUUUAAAGUCUGCGUGAAAUCAAAAUUGGCUGUUCGACAAUGUUUUGCUCCCGUACACGGUUGUUUUUGAGUUGAACAAUUCCUCUGCGCUAGUUAAUCCACUGAAAAGAGUCUGAUCAAGUCUGACCAUUUGCGUGGAGUAAAGGUCCUUCUGUUGACAGCUUCCAUAGCAACUGCAUAUCAAUAUUCCUAACCACACCCCUCCAACCGUUGUUUGCUAUGAGGGAAUGAUACACAAGAGAAAGCCCCGCCCCCUGAUAUUCCCUUUCAGUUGGAAGUACAUCAACAAACUGAAAUAAAAGUGUCUUCAACGUCCGGUUCGCGCAGACUUCAAUGAUGUCCUGCUAGUAUGACCAUGACUCUGAAUGAGCCUGUUAGCUGGGAGGUUUGUAGGAGCACCAGUCCCUUCUAAAUCCCCCGUUCAGGAAGGCUGGUGUGUUCUGCUGAUGCCUGUGUCCUGCUGCGGGACACUCCAUCACGGCUCCUCGCCCCGGAGAAUGGCCCUCAGCCGUACUACAGCCGGGACGUGUGUGACCCAGCCGUGCCCCUCGGCGGGCCUGAAGAUCAGUCUGGAAGGAGUGGAGGAACGGGAUGAGGAGCCGGAGGACGAGGGAGAGGACCUGCGGGACGGUGGAGUGCCCUUCAUCAUUAACAGGGGUGGACUGCCCGUGAACGAGGAGACCUGGGAGCAGAUGUGGAGGCACGUGGCCCGCAUACACCCCGAUGGAGAACAGCUGGCCCGAAGGAUACGGGGAACCCGAGACCUGCCCAAGAUUCCAGUACCAAGUGUGCCUACAUUCCAGCCCAGCAUCAGUAUUGCCCACCGCCUGGAAGCCAUACAGAAAUACAUCAGGGACUUGCAAUACAAUCACACUGGAACACAGUUCUUCGAGAUCAAGAAGAGCCGGCCGCUCACAGCAUUAAUGGAUAUUGCCAAGGAAAUGACCAGAGAAGCUCUGCCAAUCAAGUGUUUGGAGGCUGUUAUCCUUGGCAUUUACCUCACCAACAGCAUGCCGAGUGUUGAGCGCUUUCCUCUCAGCUUUAAAACUCAGUUCUCAGGGAGUCACUUCCGUCACAUCGUGCUGGGCGUUCACAGCGGCGGGCGCUUCGGCGCUCUGGGCAUCAGCCGCCGCCAGGACCUGAUGUACAAAUCACUGCAGUACAAAACACUGAGCGACCUGCUGCUGGACUUCCAGGAGGCGUACCGCGGCCACUGGCACACGCUCUGCAGGGUCAGGAUCGGCCAUUACGUGUCCCACGACCCACACAGUGUUGAGCAGAUCGAGUGGAAGCAUUCGGUGCUGGAUGUAGAUAAACUGUCCAGAGAAGAGCUGAGGAAAGAGCUGGAGAGACACACGCGGGACAUGAGGCUCAAGAUUGGUAAAGCAGCUCCUCCGUCGCCCUCUAAAGACAGAAAGAAGGAUGUUGGUUCUCCUCUGAGGAACCCGGGCAGCCCAAUGCGCAAGAACAGCCAGAGCGACAGACGGCCAUCGGUAGAGAAGCGGCCCGCGUCAGCCGGACCCACAGUGGAUGUGAACGGGUACCAGAUCAGGGUGUGAGAGAUUCAGCAACACCUCCGAGAAAGACUGGAAAUGCAUGGUGUUUCACACAGAAUGUGCUCACUUACAAGGGUAGACAUGAACACACAUCUCCUUGAGUGGAAUAGACACAUCAGUGCAUCAUAUUUAUAUUGAUUUCUGCAUCACGCUUGUCACAUGUAUUCUGUAAAUACAGUGCAGUUAACCUUUAACUCUA